AUGUUCGUUCCUGAGAUUGGCGUUGUUGUUGUUGUUGUUGUUGUUGUUGUUGUUGUUGUUGUUGUUGUUGUUGUUGUUGUUGUUGUUGUUGUUGUUGUUGUUGUUGUUGUUGUUGUUGUUGUAGUCGUUGUUAAUGUUAUUGUUGUUGUCGUUGUCGUUGUCGUUGUCGUUGUCGUUGUCGUUGUCGUUCUCGCUGUUGCUGUUGUUGUUGUUGUUGUUGUUGUUGUUGUUGUUGUUGUUGUUGUUGUUGUUGUUGUUACUGAAACAGAUAUAAUUCCCUUGCAGCAUAAAGGCACGAUCAAUUCUAACAUGUAUCUAAUAUUGGAAGUAAAAGGCAAAGGAAAAACACAUGAAGCUGUUGAUUAUGUUGCUGUCACUCUUGGAGAAUUGUUUGCAGGUAGAGAUUAUAGAAUAUUUCUUCUCAUUUCUAAACUAUGCUUUGUAAUCCUUUUCAUCUCCUUUGUUUAACCUCGUUGUAUUUCCAAAGUAUAGUGCUUAAAUGCUUUGGAAUUCAAGCGACAAGUCUAUCGUGUGUUAUUAUAAUAUUCUCUGUCUGUUUUCAUCAAUAGGAAACAAGUACUCCAGCCGCUGGUUACAAAUGGAUAAUGGUAAGAUAUCUCGGCUAUAUUAUGCUGACUAUUUCUAAACUUAUCAGUUAUGAACUGUUCUCCCCAUAACUGUAGAGUUCGCAAGUUAAUUUCAAUGUUUGAACUUCGUUUGUAAACAAAUGUUCAUACUCAAUAGUAAAAACCAAAAACCUUCUUGGUAGACCACUAGACCAAUAACUUGCCAUUGAAUUGUUAAUUUCAACUUGAACUAUGAACAUUUGUUUACAAUAGUUCAAACAUCGAAAUGUACUUGCGAAACAUCGAAAUGAACUUUGUUGCGAAGUUCACGCCCAAUUUUUGAACUUGGAAACGUAAUUGGCAAGUUUGCAACGAACUUGGGAAUCGCGCGUUGAUAAGUGAAUUUCUUCAUGAACUAUUAAUGAACUUAAGCACCCGUCUAACAUUUCAGUCCCCUCGGAAACCUCUAAUAGUGAGACGAAAUUUUAAUCAGAGUGGCCCCCAGUCUGAACGGUUGUGAUUUACCCAUAUCAUACACGCGUAAAAAUCUCACAUUUUGUAGCAAGUCUGCCAACAAGCCGUCAACAAGUUGUGUUCGCACUGCUUGUCCCAAGUUGUCAGCAAGUUUAGAACAAGUUGUUAAGAACUUAUAACAAGCUUGUUGAUACUAUCAGACUUGUUGCAAGGUUGUUCCAACAAGUCCGAUUACAAGUCCGAUACUGUCAUGAUAUUACAAUACUGUUACGACCUUGUGUCGUCAACCUUGUAACAUUCUUGUUAUAUCAUGACUGUAACAGACUUGUUGGAACAACCUUGCAACGAGUCUGAUAAUGCCAUCAAGCUUGUUACAAGUUGUAAUUUACAGCUUGUUCCAACAACUGGGAACAAGCAGUCCGAACACAACUUGUCGACAGCUUGUGAACAGCUUUGUAGCAACCUGUUUGCAGACCUGUAACAACUUGUGCGUUUUUACGUGUGUAGUACUGAGGAUUUAACCAAUCGCCAUAUCUUCCAGGUGGAAGCAUUCACGUGACGAUGACGUGCAAGGAAAUUGAAAUAAUUCCUGGAAGCCCUGGUAGAACAGGUCGCUCGAGACUCAGCUUCAGGAAGAGGAAUGCUAGUGAAUCAUAA